AUGACAUCAUCUUCGGAUUCGACAAAUUCCGGCUACUCACUUGCUGAAAUCCUUGCUCCAGAUUUUAUCCCAUCAAAGUUAACAAAGCCACAAUUACGCUCACUUCUUCUUGAGCACGGGAAUAUCUCGAUGGAUGACUUUCCCUCGAUAAGCGCAAAAAAAGAUACCCUUAUUGAGAUAUUUGAAGAACGCAUCUUGCGACGCGCUCCGGAAAUAUUGUCAACCCACCGUGCGGCCUAUGCAUCCUCAUCGGGAAUCAUUUCUGUUGCCUCUGAUGGCAGUGAGCGCAGAUUGUCAAGUGGAAGUGCAAACUUUUCGUCUGAAAAUCCGUUUCAAAGUCCUGUUCGUUCUGUAGCCCGUGGAAGAACGACCACACCGUCAGAAGCCGAUCAAGGGCCUCUUCGACAGCCAGAAAACGCUCAUCAAACCCGCGCUCGUCCACCUCUUCUGAUAAGAAAAAAGAAGUUGGCACAAAAAGACGCUCAUCAUCCGUGGUUGUUGAAGUAA